CGAACUUUGCGGGACUUGCUCACAACGUCCAUCAUCCUCGCUUGCUUGUCCCUCCUUCCGGCCAGCGCCACCAUGGCCGCCGUCCCAGACAGGAAGACUCUUGAGAACAUGAAGAGGGUCGACCUCCAAAGACUCUGCAAAGACCAUGGUCUGAGAGCAAAUCUCAAAUCCGAAGCCCUCAUCGAACUUUUGCUCCAAGCUACGGGUCCUAGGCCCUCUCAGAUUCCAAAACGUGCAUCCUCGCUCCGUGUUGUAAGCAGGGCCAGUAGCGUAGGAGCGCGCCCGCGAGGGAACUCAAGUAGCUCAGUAAUAAUUCAUGACACCGAUGACGAGGAUAACAAUCAGGACAACCGAUCUCCCACUGACAUAGGCACACCUGUGGAACCACAGCCGCUAGUAGCAACAUCUGCUAUUCGGACUACUCGCAAGGCGAAGCAGACACAGUACAGAUUAGGCGUGGGCAGGCCAACCAUUGCAGGAGGCACCGGCGCACGCGCUGUCACCCGUUCUCUGAGUGUACCGAAAAGCAGAAGCGGUAAGCUCAAUCGGAGUGUGAAACCUAUCGAAGAAGCUAUUCAAGAAGAAGAAGAAUCUGAUACUGUUACAACCAUAGAUGCACCAGAACCUGGUCCUUCCGGAAUUUACCACCAUGAUUCUCCUCCCGUCACACAUGCAACAGAACCAUCGCCUCCGACCAUGAGCAGCACGGAUACUACUGAGAAUCUCAAAGCAUAUCUCAUGACUCUAGUAAACCCGCUUCGGCAGCAGAUUUCAGAGUUGCAGAUUGAAUUACAAUACGCGACCGGACGUUUAGCUGGGGUUGAUGGCCUUGAAAGCAAGGUUUCUGUCUUGACUAACGAAAUUGAUGCUCUAAAAGGACAAGCUUCGCGCUCUGACCAGCUAGAAGCUGAAGUUGUGAUGCUUAAGGAAUACAUAGCCGUGUUGAGAGCAGCUAACAAUCGGACAAGGACCGAAAGUGCCGCUUCUGGCAAAUCGCGUUUCACGGAUCAAACGGUUGUAUCACCCCAAGACCAGGCUGGUCCUUCGGAUGUUCAUGCAUAUCUGGAGCAACAAGGUCUGCCUGCUUCCUUGCUUGGCAAGCGCAGUCGGGAUUCCAAAGACAGUGAACUGACAGGCAUAAUUGAGGCUGGUCAGGAAGCUGAGCUUACUCCAGGGCAGCUGGCUACACGUGUUGUUCGUCCAAAUAAGAAACGUGCAAAACUGGGGGACUACGGUGACUCAACAUCAACUGUUGCUGCUGCUGAAGAAGAGGAGGAAGAGGAGGAAGAGGAAGAGACGACAGGACCAGCUUUCACAGUUUUUACUGGACCAGAGGAACCUCCAGAGUCCGAUGUUGAGCCUCCCCCGCCGAUGAUGCGUCUGUCCGAUCUUGUUGGCCUGUCGUCCCACACACCCGGUUCACAUUCCAUUUCCCCCGUCGCCACAAGUACCGCAAACGCUAAUGAGAACCAACCCAUCAGUAACCCCUUCAAUUUCACUUUCGCAGAGGCAAUAACGUCCACGCCUGCACCAACUGCCUUCGAUGUAAGCGCAUUCAAUUUCCCGCAACUUCCGUUAUCCCUGCCAGUUCCCACCUCACCCACUCCAGGUGGUGAUCCAGACCCGAGUUCAUUAUAUGAACGACCAGGCGGCAGGCGGCCAAGAACUGGGAGCGAGCUGUACGGUAGUCUCGGACACGGUCCUAACAACAGACCCAGGGGGGCUGCUGUUGGAAACUCACUUGGUCGGCCACCAUCGCGCGCCCAACCACCUGCGAUAGCCGGUCCAUCCAGUCUUGGAGGUUCUGAUACCCCAGUGGACCAGUGUAUAAGUCCAGCGGCACUCAUGCGUCCCCGCACACCGGUCUUAGCGGCCAUUCCAGAGGACAGGGAUAAUGGUACCGCUAAUAGAGCUCGACGCUCCAAUUUAGGUGCUGGUGGGUUACCAUUGGCCAUGCCACCCGAGACCCCUGCGCCUCCAAUGAGAAGGACAAUGUAUGGGACGGAAGUUGAACAAGAUACACGUUUUGGAGACUUUGGACAGGAGGGGGUGGCAAUGGGUUUUUGGACUGGGGCGGCGCAUUUCUGAAGGAGGAAGGCUUAGAAGAAGAGUUGAGGACGCCUCCGUUGUCAUGAAUAGAUCGUGACAUUGAUAGGUGUCUAGUUUUGACUGGUUCAAGACUUUCUUGGUGGCUUGUUGAGAUCUUGCUUGUUAUCGUUGAGCCUUUUCGUCGCCUUGUGAUCGAUCCCCCAUUUUCUUUGCCUUCCCUCUGCCUUCGUUGGAUGCUACCAUCCACACGCCCCGCCCCGGUUCUGCCGCUACCUACUACUUGCUUCCUAAAUUUCUCUGAAGCCCGAAACUUUCGUUAACAUUUAAAUGGACUAUACCUUUGCUUAGUUCAAUACUGUUGUCUGAUGAUUAUACGAAUAUAAUGACAUGCAUUGACGUUGAAAUUUUCGAGAGUUUCACGUUCCAAGACGCGGUAUCAUACUGCUGUCUGAACAUCAUUGUGGUAUUAUGAUAAGUUAUUCUAUACAGCUUUUCGUGGAUGUAGCAUUGUGUUCCGAGUAUGUAUUGAGAGAAUAAAUAUACUGAAGCGUGCGAUGGGGU